AUGAGAUACAAAGAUGAUAAUGUCUCCGAGCUGACAAUGGUGAGCAAAACUAAACAGAAAAAUCAUGAUAUCACACCACCAAACCAAGCCUAUACAAGACAUCAGGCUUAUGAUACUGAUACAAAUAGUUUAGACAGCAGUGUAUGGUCACCAACGAACACAGUGGUAGAAAACAUGUCAUCAGCUGCCACUUUAUCAAGUAAAGAUGAAAAAACCUCUUUGGACAAAGCAUCCUCCUCCUUGGCAACGACACCAGUCACUUCUGGUUGGUUAUAUCAACGCCAAAGAAAUAGCAAAUGGAAUCGAGCUAUGCUUAGUUGUGUAGGUCUUGUUGUCUUCCUAGUGCUGAUGGGUACAGUAGUUUUAUGGGUAGGUAGUGCUUUCAUCUUACCCCAAAAUAAGUACUCAGCAACCUUGGCUCAAGUUCCUCGUUCAUCAUCCUAUUCUUUUGGUCAUCAUUCAGCAACUAUUCAUCCUACAAAAACUAAACCAACCUCCGCUGUUACCACUCAUCCAUCUUCUUCUUCUUCAACAACAACAACAAAAAGAAGUCGCCAACGUCAUCAUCAUCAUAAGUAUGACGAUGAUGGUGAUGAUGAUGAUUGAAGC